ACAUUACUUUCAUCUCAGGUGUUUCAGCCUUUUGUGGGCUUUGUGAAAAAUUACCUUGGCCUUCUAUCAGCAACACAGGUGAGUAGAAUUAUUUCCAACUCUUCCAUCAUUGUUUAGAAGGUAAUACAGUCCACUCUGUCUAAGAUGAACACAUUUAGGACCAGCACUGAGUGUCCUUGUCAGAGAGCUGUACAUCGUUACAUCGUAUGGACAGUCAAAGACAAAGACUAAAGAAUGGCAAGGACCGACUUACUUUGUGUUCAUUUUACCAAGGUGUCCAUGUUUUGGAGAGUCAAAUAAGGGGUUAAAGAGAGGCUGGGGCCAACUCUAGGUGUCCAUUUUAGCGUGGAGUCCAUGUUAUGCAGAGUCAAACAAGGGGCCAAAGAAUGGCAGGGACCAGCUUUAGGUGUCCAUGUUUUGGAGAGUCAAAUGAGGGGUUAAAAAAAGGCUGGGGCCACUUAAGUUGUCUAUUUUAGCAAGGAGCCCAUGUUUUGGAGAGUCAAAUGAAAGGCUAAAGAAAGGCAGGGACCAAAUUUCAGGUGCCCGUUUUAACAAGGUGCUUGCCUUAUAGAGAAUCAAAUAAGGGACUAAAGAAUGGCAGAGACCAACUUUAGGAAUCCAUCUUAGUGAGGUGUCCAUGUUUUUGAUUGUCAAAUUUAGGGCUAAUGAAUGGCAGGGACCAACAUAAGGUGUCUGUUUUAGGAAGGUGUUUGUCUUGUAGACAGUCAAACAAAAGGACUAAAGAAUGGCAGGGGCCGACUCUAGGUGUCCGGUUUAGAGAGGUGUCUGUUGUAUAGAGAAGUGAAGAAAAUGAGUUCAGAAUGGCAGGCAUUGACUGUAGCAGUCUGCUUUAGGGAGCUGUUCAUCUUAUAGAGAGUCAAAUAAAAGGACUAAAGAAUGCCAGGGGCCAACUCUGCAUGUCCAUUUUAGUGAGGUGUCCGUCUCAUAGAGAAGUGAAGAAAAUGACUUCAGAAUGGCGGGCAUUGACAGUAGCAGUCUGCUUUAGAGAGCUGUUUGUCUUAUAAAGAGUCAAAUAAAAGGACUAAAGAAUGGCAGGGACCAAGUCUAGCCCCAACAUUAACGUGAUACAUUAGCCUUGUACAUAAGAGCAACCAAACUGAAACGUGAUCAAAUGAGAUAUGCUGAGGCAAUUAAAUAUUUUUAUUUUUGGAAUUUACCUACCUCCUCUAAAUUUUGCUUUAUGAUUAUCCACACUCCAAAAUCAAAGACGUUCUUCAAAAUCCAAAAACACAAUUUGAAAUAGUCAAACAUGCCAUGGCCGCUUGCUCCAAACGCUCGACCUCUAAACUCACGUGAGCUACAUAUAGUAUUUGUAAAAGAUAUAGCCGGAGAAAUUAGUUAGAGUUAAACCCCACUUUACGGACAUCUGCGUAAUACUGACACCUCGUUAUUACAGACAGUUUUCUUUGUCCCUGGGGAAAGCUCUUCCAUUUUCUCUAAAUUCAACCCACUUUAUACGCACACCCAUUAACGUUAGCCUGCAAACAGCAGAUACAUUUCCGAUCGUCGCUUCUCUCCCUUUGAAGGGAGAGAAGCGACGACCGGAAAAAUGCGUCUGCUGUUCACAGGCUACAUUAAUGCAGACAAUGGACUUUCUUUUCUUGCCCUAUCAACAGAUUCUCAUAAAAAAGUCAACCUUGCUAAUUCAGACACUUUAUUAUCAACUGUGUGCUGUUUAAAAACACACCUUUCCUUUAUGAAGGUAAAAAAAACGUUCAGUUGACAUCAUGUCGAUGUUCUUAGCGCUACAGAACACCGAACAGGAUGAAAUGUAGACAUCAAGUUCAGAUUAUUUUGGCAUCAAACGAGUAGCAGACAAUGUACUUUCUGUUCUUGUCCCAUCAACAGAUUCUAAAAAAGUCAACCUUGCUAAUUCAGACACUUUGUUGUCAACUGUGUGCUGUAAGAGACCUUUCCUUUAUGAAGGUUAAGAAAACCUUGAGUUGAUAGCAUGUCGAUUCUUAGUGCUACGGUACCCCGAAUAGGAUGAAAUGUAGAUAUCAAGUUCAGACUAUUUUGGCAUCAGACAAGUUAUGCAGACAACGCUUUUGAUUAAAUAAUAUAGAGAUGAGCGAUUUUUCAGUGUUUCUUUGGAUUUGGUCUCCGUAAUGACGGCUUUGUGAUUGUUAGACGUGUUUUAUUUGACGAUCCUUAUGUCCUUCCCUUAGGUUAAAGCUUACAUUUGUAUUGCCACAAACCUGUGUCUUAGCUAAGCUCCAGCUAACCUCGAGGCGAGCCCAAAUGAUUGUCUUUUGCCAUUUUCUAGUUUCAUUUUGGUUUCCGUCAAAAUAUGGACUUUCGCAAAAUUUACGAUCGAAACUGCCGGUUUUCGAAAGGGUUGGCAAGGUUACAUUUUUGUCAGCUGCAUUGUCGAAAUACUUUCAGGUUAUUGGUCCAUGUACUAAAAAAUAAUUAAAAAUCUUUUGUUAACCCAUUCUCCCCUGAACCGCUCCUAGCAGCCCGCGCUGAUCACGUCACUUGUAACGCUUGUGACGUCAUCCGUUUUAACUAUUCAGUCAAACGGGCCGGAGAAAAGCGCAAGAAACCAUGUAUAGGUGACCCGAAAAUUCCAAUGAAAAUCUUCUUCCACCACCCACCUGUAUCUCCUUUCAUCUAAUUCUUCAACAAACUUUUUCCACCAAAAUAAUGCCUAGUGAACGCCCAGCAAAAGAAAAACAUAUUUAAAAAACGGGGCAACGAAAGUGAAAGAGGCGGGAAGGAUUCAAAUUGGAAGCGGAUAUUUUGCAUCAGGCUCAAACUUAGGCAGUGAAGUGCUCGACUUAUAAAACAGCGUUUCAGGCAGCUUUGGUUCUUUUUGACCAGGUAGUGACCAGAAAAAGGCUUGACUAACUUUUAAUAGGCGAUUUUUCGGCAAAAUUUCCAGGAGAAAAUUGGUUAAAAUAUUGGCGAGCGAAGCGCGUAAGAGAUGCGCGCGGGGAAAGAUGGGAAAGGGGAAGACGCUCCUUCCCGUCGUCCCCAUCGUUUCCCCGCGACCAAUCCGUGACCGCGCACAAAUGAUAAGAGACCACUGGGCAUGAGUCAGGUGAUUGGAUAACAUUCCACCAAGUAUCUCGCGUAGCAUUGGUUCGAGUAGUCAUAACCCAGUUUCGUGUCGAGGACUCGGGAGUAUUCUUUUCCUUAGCGUCGUGACAGUUAAUUCCAAACUCCCAGUUGGAGUCCAUCUCCAUCUUCACAACACACAGCCCUAUACGGUCGAGUUGCAGAGUUGGUUGCUUGCAAAGAUUUCGUUCACCUUUAUGAAACUCGCCUAGCCUCUCAGUAUAGACCUCAUUUUUGUAGAAUUAAUAUUAAGGAGUUCAGUAUCUUUUAUUGAAGACCAACAAUCUGGAAUUCGUUGUCAAUUUCACUAACCAGCUUUUCUUCCAUAUUUGUUUUUUAAAAAAAUCUGAAAAAUUAUCUCAUUGAUGGUCGUUCUGUUGCUUAAGUUUUAUGUUUUCCGUACACUCUACAACUCAAGUAAGUAAUUAGAAAUCUAGCUUAUAGACUAUUAAGGAAGCCUAUUAAUAUAAGCUCCCAGCUUCUUUAGGCUUCCUUGUCACAUUAACUUAUAAUUUAAUUAACACCUUUUGUAACGCUUUAUUGUUUCGUUUUGUGACUGACUAAAAAACAAAUAAAUAAAUAAUGAUUAGUACACCUUUGUAAUUCACUGUCGGGCUUGCAAUCACCAUCAUUCUAUACAGCUAUUUCGAGAAAGGUUGUCAGAAAAAAUAUGCACGCGACAAUACCGAAAGGUAAUAUGGGAUAUGAUCAAUACACUGUUCCUGACCCUGUAGCUGUCGAACCUACUUUUGUUGCUUUCCUUUAGCACUCGCAAAGAUAAGUCCGUGGCCUCCCAUGCCCUUCUUUCUAAUUUCUUUGAAGAACAGUGCAGUCUAAACCACCCAGAAUACCCUUCGGGAUCGUCGCGUGGACUUUUUCCGACAACCUUUCUCGAAAUAGCUCUAUGUAUCGCAAUACAGUGCGCAGGCUGAAUCUGAUUCUUACACAGAAUUGGAAUGUUUGGUUCGAACACCGCCGACACCACAGUUUUAAUAUGCGUUUACAAUAUAUCUGAUCUUUUUAACUAUUGCUUAAUCACAGGUGCCGAAUAUUCUGCUUUGCUGUCAUCGUGCAACAAAAACUCCGCUUCCGAUUCGCUACAAGUAUCGGGACCAGUUAAAAUACGGGAUUUACGCCGCGCAACCCGCGCUUGUGAAGGACUGUGCUCUAGAAUCCGCCCGCCUCGCCAUCGUGCGAGCAACCAAAACGAGGCAGCUCUACAUGAUCAAGGCGCACAUCCCAGUGACAAAAAAGCCCUUGGGGAGUCGUAUGGGGAAAGGCAAAGGCAAAGUGGACCAUCAUGUGGCUAAUGUAAAGGCCGGAAAGAUUCUGUUUGAGUUUGAAUGUGACAGUGAGCCUAAUGCUUUGGAGGCUUUUAAGCAAGUGAAUCAUAAACUGCCAAUUCGCACGCAAUUUAGGAUUAAACCACCCGAGAAGAGAGAGAUAUGGACACAUUUUUGA